CCACCUCACGCCGGUCAGAAUGGCCAUCAUUAAGAAGUCUACAAAUAACAAAGGCUGGAGAGGGUGUGGAGAAAGGGAACCCUGCUACACUGUAGGUGGGAAUGUCAGUUGGUGCAGCCACUAUGGAAAACAGUAUGGAUGUUCCUCAAAAAACUAAAAAUAGAGUUUCCAUAUGAUCCAGCAGUCCCACGUGCUCUCCUGAUCCAACCACUUUCUCUGUAAAGGGACGUCUAGAACGUUAUCCCUCAUCUUCCUCGGGCUUCCGGGAGCACCCGGAAACCCACGUGGCGUUCGCACAGAGUGCCUGGGACAGUGGGCUGCACAGUUCCUGGCUGCAGUGCUGAGACGAGCUCUUCAGCCCCUUCUGAGCGGGACUCCGGCGUCAUCCACAGAGUCACAGAAAGUCAGGAGACAGGUCCGUGGUCCCCACCUGUCACCCCUGCCCAGACUCCCGUCGGCGGCCCGACCCCAGUCAUCAGGCCCCUGGUCGAGAUGAGCGAGCUGCGCCAGCCUGAGGCUGACCUUCAGGCCCCAGUCCAGGCCCAGGGCCCCGUGGAGGCGCAGGUGUUCGGGGCUGCGGGCGAGGAGGCCGCCUCCCCCUCGUCCUCCUCCUCCCCCGUCGCCCCCUCCUUCUCCGCCUAUGCCGAGUCCUUGCCCCAGGAGGCACUUACUGUGCUGAUGGCUGACCUGGUGGCGUUCCUGCUCCUCAAGUAUCGCACCAAGGAGCCGAUCUGCAAGGCGGAGAUGCUGAAUAUGGUCCUCGGCGACCAUCGGGACCACUUCCCCGUGGUCUUCAGCCAAGCUUGCGAGUGCAUGCAGCUGGUGUUUGGCGUGGACGUGAAGGAGGUGGACCCCCGCGAGUGCACCUACGUCCUGGUCCCCACCCUGGGCCUCACCUGUGAUGCAGUGCUGAGCGAUGGGCAGAGCAUGCCCAAGGCCGGCCUCCUGGUGCUGAUUCUGGGCCAGAUCGCCCUGUACGGUGACCGCACCCCUGAGGAGGAUGUCUGGGAAUUGCUCAGCAUCAUGGAGGUGUAUGUAGGGGAGCAGCACUGCAUCUAUGGAGAGCCCAGGGAGCUCCUCACCGAAGUGUGGGUGCAGGAGGGCUACCUGGAGUACCGGCAGGUGCCCCAAAGCGACCCCGCCCGCUACGAGUUCCUGUGGGGUCCCCGGGCCUACGCGGAGACCAGCAAGUGGCAGGUCCUGGAGCAUCUGCUCAGGGUCAAUGGAUGGGAUCUCAGGUCCUUCCUAUCCCUGUGUGCAGAGGGUGUGAGCGAUGAGGAAGAGGGGGCCUGAGCCAGAGCAGCAGCCAGGCUCCUUCCAGGCCCAAGUUCACUGGUAGGAAGUGAGGUUGGUCCUUCACUCUGAGUCUGAAGAGAGAGCGGUCGAGUUUCCAAGUAGCGAGGGCCCCUGCGAGUGGGGGGAACAUGGUGUGUAGCAUCUUUGGGUUCCUGUUGUGUAUGUUGACAUGGAAUAUCAUCUGUUUUCUUUAGGAAUUUUUCAAAUGUUAUUCGUUUUAAUGGAAGACUAAACAAGCUACAGUGUCUAACUUUGUGAAUGACUUUGAUUAGAAUGUGUUUAUAAUUACCCAGUUUAAGUACAAGAGUUUUGCUGUUUUGUAAAAGAGAUUGGGAAAUCUCCCAUUCCAUUUUGUGACCCUGAGGCAGAUAACAUGGAAUUGGAAUCAGAACUGCUCUGGAAGUGUGAAAGUACUUAGCAGUAAUAUAGA